UACUAAUAAAACGAAAGAAAAAGGAAUAACACGUGACAUUAUUGAAAACCUAAAGAACAUGUUUUUAACUUGUGGCACUAUAAAGGAGUAUUAAUGCACGGGUGAAUUUGACCAUUCUUCUGAUUCUAUGGUAUCUUUAAGAAUGUGGACGACCCUUUGGAUUAUGUGCUUAAGCUCAUUGCUGUCUUCUGCAACAGCACAAGUGUAUGCAGAAUGCAAGACCUCCCAAGAAGGUUGGGAAUACCUAGGGGAAGAGUCCCAUACGGCUACGGGAAUCCAAUGCCAGAGGUGGGACGCACAAUACCCACACCAACAUGACAAAAACGACCCAAGUCGCUUCCCUGACGCCACUUUGGAAGACGCUGCAAAUUAUUGCCGAAACCCGGAUAUGCAUUCUGGUGGACCGUGGUGCUAUACAGUGGAUCCGAACGUGCGCUGGGUUCCCUGUAGGAUAUCGUUCUGUGAGGUUUGUAACAUAACAGCAGCAUGGGGAUGUGUCAAAGACUUUACUGAUCAUAUGUCACGAGCUAUUGCAAGUCCUUGUGACAGUCUACCAAAAUUAUGCAGAACUAUUCCAGAGACUAUCAGCUGCGUCACGGAAGCUCUAUUUGGCUGUUCAACUUUACAACGGACUACAAUAAGAGACACACUAGACAAGGUACUGAAGGCUAUGGGUGAUAGCUGUCCAAAUGAUACUGAUGUAACCCAACCCCCAACAUGUGUGCCUCCUACAACCCUUCCUACAGCUCCUAUUGUAUCUGACACUCCAUCGACUGCAGCUGUUACUACUGCAGCUCAAAGAACUACAAUGAAGGAACUAACAACACAAACACAUACUACACCUACCACGACAUGUACAUGUUCGUGUUGUGGCUGCUGUUCACCUGUUGACUGUGGGUCAACAACAGCUCCAACAACUACAGGUCCAUCAAUAAAUGUAACUGAUGCUGAAUUUACGACAACCGUGCAAGAGACAACUACUACAGAAGCUAAAACUACAGAGGUAGAUACCACUACUGUGGGUCCAACAACAAUAUCUUUAACAACUGAAGCUGAAACAACUGUGGGUCCAACAACAAUAGCUUUAACAACUGAAGCUGAAAGAACUGUGAGUCCAACAACAAUAGUUUCA